AUGAGCUCCGCGUUCCUCACAGCCGCGCCGCAGGUCGCGGCAUUCCCUGAACACCGCGGCGCCCUGCUGGCCCACCUGCUGGACGCCAAGCUGCGCCACUGGGACAAGCCCACCCGGGCCCUGGCCGCGCGCGCCCUGGCCGCGCUCGCGCCCGCCGGGGGCCCCGACUGGGCCGCGGCGCACGCGCUGCCGCCGCUGCUGGCGCGCGUGACGGACGACGCGCUCGAGGCGCGCUGCGGCGCCGUGCUGGGGGUGGCGGAGCUGCUGCCGCCGCUGGCGGCCGCAGGCGUGGGCGACCUGGACGCUGCGGUUGCAGGGACGGGGGCGGGAGUUGUGGCUGGGCAGGCCGGCGUGGACGUGUGCAAGGGCCGAGGGCAGCAGGGGGCCGGGCAGGACCUGGGGCUGCGUGUCGCGGGCGUUCUGCCGGCGCUGGAGGCGGCGCGGCUGUACCGCGGCAAGGGCGGCGAGCUCAUGCGCGAGGCGGCCGCGCGGCUGGCGGAGUGCACGGCCCAGGCCGUCAGCGGCCUGCGGCGCGGUGCACCCCGGCGCGGCAACGACGACUGCAGCGGCGGCAGGGCGCAGGGCGGCGCGGGCCUGGAGUCUGCGAGCGCGGGUGCGGCAGAGGGCGACGCGGGGCGUCCGGAGGGCGACGCCGCGGGGACCGCCGGCGGCUCGGCAGCGGGCGCGCUGCUGCCGGCGCCGACGGCGCUGCCGCGGCUGGCUCUGCCCCUGGGGGACGCCCACCACGCGUCGGCGCUGGCGCUGAUUGAGGACUGCCUCUGCCACACACUCGGCGGCAUCCGCGCCGCGGGCGCGGCGGCGCUGGCGUCGCACGCGCGGGCGCACUGCGGGUGCGCGGAGCGGGCGGCGGCGCUCGGCGGGUUGCUGGGCCGGUGCCUGGCGCGGCUCGCGGAUCCCAACUUCGCACACAGGCGUGGUGCAGCCGAGGCGCUAGGCGUUACGCCUGCGGCCCUGCUGCUCCAACCGGGCCCGGUCGGCGCUGCCGCUGCCGUCGCCGCGCUCUGCGACGCGUCGUGUGCGGACGUGCUGCCGCCGGGCGAGCGCGAUGUAGAGUCGCGGGUCGCGGCUGUGGAGGCGCUCGGCCGCCUCUCAGCCGAGCUCUGGGGCGGCGGGGCAGGCAGCGGCCCCUGUUCCACCAGCCUGCAAGGCGAUGACAAUGACAGGGACGACCGCGCGCUGCGGACGGGGGCGGGUGCUGCAUCUCCUGCGCCAGCUGCGGGCAUGCUGCGCGCGCGUGUGGUGCCGGCGCUGCUGGGUGCGCUGCGCGACUACACCACAGACAACCGCGGCGACGUGGGCAGCUGGGUGCGGGGCGCAGCAAUGGAGGCGCUGGUGACGGUUCUGCCCCUGGCGCUGGCGGAGGAGCAGCAGCAGCAGCAGCGGAAGCAGCUGCAGCAGCAGCAGCAGCAGCAGCAGCAGCAGCAGCAGCAGCAGCAGCAGCAGCAGCAGCACCAGCAGCGGGGGCGGAAACAGGAGCAGCAGCAGGAGGGGCAGCAGCAUCAGCAGCAGGAGCAGGAGCAGCAUCAGCAUCAGCAGCAGGAGCAGCACCAGGGGCAGCAGCAGGAGCAGCAGCAGCAGGAGCAGCAACGGUGUUGGGGCCCACGAGAGUCCUCUCCAAUGCAGCAAGCCGACCCUGACGUGCAGACAAGGGACGUUGAGGGCGGCUUGCAAGCCACCCUCACCGGCGGGGCUGCGCUGGCGGGGCGUGUCGUGGGGGAGCUGCUGCGGAUCGGGGUGGAGCGCAUCGCGCGGCUGCGGGAGGCGGCGGUGCUGCACCUGCGGGCGCUGCUCGCCAUACCCUCUGUGUCGGCAGACGCCGCCGACGCGGCCGGUGUGGCCUCGCUGGAGGCUGUUGGGCGGCUGGCUGCGCGGCUGGACGCGCCCUGCUACACGGCCAGCCUGCUGGAGGGCCUCGUGGCCAGUGCCGGGGGCGUGGAUGCCUCCCUAGCUGCUGCCGCGUCGACAGCACUGCUGGCGCGGCUGGACGCCGAGGCCGACGGCAGCGAAGGCGGCGCGCACGACCCCUGUGGCGCAGGGGCCGCAGGCAGGCGCACCGGGAGCUCCCUGUUUGCACGUCUGCCGGCGCAGCUGGUCCUCCUGUGGGAGAGGGAGCGCGCGGCCGAGUGA